CUUUAAACAAGAAUGUGUAUUGGCAACACACAUAUAUUGAUACGGAUACACAUUUUUAAGUGCGAAAUUCAAGACUUUUUUCAAUUUCGAAGGAGAGACUGAUCAUUUAUUGGAUACUGACAUGUCUGUUCGUCCCAAUAUAUUUGACAAAUACUUUAGAACUGUGAUGAAGUCUGUAAAACUUAGUACAAGUGACAACGAUAUAGACGAAAUAAGACAUUCAACAAAGGAUCUGAUUCGGAAAAUUUGGGAUAAAGCUUUGAGUAACAAUGAGAAGUUCGAACUAUCUCAAGUUAUACCAGUAGGCAGUAUGGAGGAAGGUAGUCGAUUAUUCUCAGCUGAUGAAUUCGAUUUCAUGAUGAUUCUCCAGAUGAAAGAUUUUCCCAUUGAUAAAAUAGUUUUGAAGGAGGGAUGCAGACCAGGAUUUGUACGGCUCUUUCUGGAUGACCCCACUGUUAGAUUGAAUGAUUGUUUCAAAAACAAUCAGCUGCAUUCUUGGGAAUUUCGAAAACUUUUACUUUCCCAAUUACAAAAAGUAGGUGACCUUUCAGAAAAAUUUGGGAAUUUAAAGCAAAUCAAACGGGAUUUGGCUGAUAUGGGACUGAGAACAAAUGUUCAACACACACUCCUUCAAAUAUUAGGUGAACAUGAAAUUGAAGCUUGGAACGUUUUAUUUAAAUGGCACGACAUAGAAAUUAGUGUAGAUACUAUGCCAGCUAUGGAAAUUACUAGAGAGCAAAUUGAACAUUUUGAGAGGGUCCAAGGAAGAUUAUUAUUUCAUGCUGAGAAACAUAAGAAACGAGCGUUUGCAGUUAAUCAAAAAUGCUACUUGGUGCCAAAAGGCUGCCAAAAAGAUGACGAUGAAGAGGGCUGUGGAUGUUGGCUGAUAGAUUUUGCCCCUGCUGAAGUUGCGAUCUUAAAGGCAAUGGAUAAAAUCCACAAAGACUGUCAAAAAUUCCUCAAGUAUCUUUUAAGAUAUUAUCACAAAUUACCAUCAUAUAUGAUUAAGUCGGCAGUCUUAAAACAUCUUGAUAUAUGUACGGAACCAAGGUCUGUACAAGGGUGUACGUUGGAUAUUCUGACAUAUAUUUCAGAAUGCUUAGACGAUGCUUACCUGCCUGAUCCUUUCCUGAAAACACUUAACAUAUUUGGUUGGAAAGAGGCCGAUCGUUUUAGGCCACUAUCUGCAACAAAGACAGCUAUUCUUUUUGAACAACACAGUAGAUUUAUAGUUUUGCUUCUACAUAUGAUUCGGAAGAUGAACAAGGAAAACAUUACAAUCCACAACAAUUCAGCACCUGACCUUUCCCGUGUCGACCUAGGCGAACUCAUGGUAAUCGAAAGGUGUAUGCCGUUGAGUCCAAACCUACCACUGUUGAACGACUUUAUCGAAAAAAUUGAACCGGCAUUAGAAGAAUUCAUCGCACAAAAGAAAUGGUCAACUAUUGCAGAACUACGAACCUUGACUAAACAAUACCUACAUAAACUGCCAUGGGUUCCUAUUGAUGAUUUCAAAAAGGAGCAAUUAGAGCGUGCCAAAUGGGAGCCAGAGUUAAAGUUACUGUUCUAGUAUGUCUUACUGCUAUAGUUUUUUGUUAUUUUCUUAUACCCGCUAUAGCAGUGGGCUAGGUUUGGGGAUAUUCUGCAAACAGUUUGUAGGUUUGUCCAAUAGUCAUGAUAUUUGCCCGUCUCAUUUUUCACAGGAACUACAGUAUAUAAUGACUUUAUAUUUGAUCUUCAGUUUGACGAUACCAGUUGUGAUAUGUGAGCGCUUUUCGGAACUGGCAAACUCAACGAAUAAAGAUUAUUCUUUUGGACACACCUUUAUCCGGAACUACUGAAUAAAAAAACGACUUCAUACUUGGUCGUCAGCUUGACUAAUUGGAUGUAAAGUUUGGCCCCUUUCGAAUCUGGCAAACACCUUCUUACUUUUAAUACCGAUAUUUUGAAUUUCUAAUUUCGUUGGAAGGAAAACAAAUGUUUCCGUCAAGAAUAGACGUAUUUACACUUGUAUGCAAAUUUGUCCGCCAUUACUUAAAAUCACACAAGUUCCCGUAAAGUCUGACAUCAUAAUUUAAAAAAUUUUGACGUCAUAAUUAAGAAGUGAUUGUUGCUUGACGUCAGAACGUUAUUCGGAGUCAGAUCUAGGUCAUUCGGAGACAAUAUUCAGCUAAAUACCAAAAGUGUAAAUACGUUUAUUACUGAACACAAUAACUUCAUGUUUGGUCAGCAACAUGACAGUGGUAUUUUAUAAUGCUGUACCGCUUUCCGGAUUUGUCGUACUCCUUUUUCCAAUAUUUUGAAUUACGAGUUGGGUAUGCUUAGCACAACAACGCGUGCAACAUCUUUUUGAAAACUGUUUGUCUAUUUGUUUUAUUCUUUUAGUUAAUGUUACAACUGUUUUAUAUAUAGUAUUUAUAUUUAAAGGGAAAACAAACGUAAGAAUUAAAAACUUUCAUUUCAAAAAUAAGUUAAAAAAUAGAAAAAAGUUUUACCUUAGAAUUUAUCAAAUGUUUAACAUGUCUUUUCACAGAGUCAUAAUGUUAAUUUUGUCUUUCAAUAUGCCACAGAAAAUGCAUUUAGUUUUGCUUAAGUUUUAUUCAAUACUAGUUUUAAAUUGUUUAACAUUUUGAAUGAUUUGUAAAAUGUUACAUGUUUACCCCCUAACAACAUACACAAUUACACCAAAACAAAAUAAAGAAACAAAAAACUAACAGACAAAGAACAAACAAGAGUAAACAGGACCGAAUUAACUUACUUAUCUACAGAAAAUUAUAUAUUCCGAAAUAUUCAUUGCAAACUGUCAUAUUAUAUAGAACAAAAUAUAAAAUUUGAAUUACAAACAUAUUUGAUAAACAAAUGACCAAAAAGAAAUAAAGGAAAAGAAAAAGGUAGGGCUAAUGUCCUCUAUUUCUUUCACUCGCAGGAUCAAAAUCCAAAGAUAUUUAAAUCCUACUGGAAACGAAAUAUCAUAUACUUAAAAAGCAAACAAUGUUUACGUAUUUGCUAUAAAUCAAAAACGCUAUUCAGCAUUAGUUUUUGUUGUUGAAGGUAUUUUUAUACAAAAUUUACAUGUUUUUGUUAAAUUUUGCAUAGAAGGACAUCGGUAACAAAAACAAAUUAGUUUGUAACUAUGUUAUAUCCAUAUUUGUAGUUAAUAAGACUAAAUGACAAAAAUGUCCAUCAGUGCAUACAGAUGCAUUUUAUAACAUAUACAUUCAUUUAAUAUUUUUAAAAGAACUAUAUUCUGGUAAUAUUGAAAUGGAGUGCUAGUAAACACUUGAAAUGUUAUCAUUAACUACAAAAUAGGCAAUUUUUGUUAUUGGUGUUUAUUUGGUUCUUGUUUUUGCGAUUCAUUUGCUCUCAACUCAAUAAAAUGUACUACAAGUAAUUGAAUCGAACAAUGGUAUUCAUAAUGAGUGUUAUUACUAGGAACAAAUGACGCACUAAUUUUGCCGAUCAUUUUCUUGUUAACAGAGCAGGUUUAAUCAUUGUUUUAUUUUUUUUUUUGUACCUAAUGUUUAUCUUUGUUUAGAAAUGUAAAAUAAAAGAACAAGAAACAACCUGACAUAAAAGUUGCAAUUGAGAGAAAGAAAGUUAGUUGUUGAAAUGUGUAAUUGUUGGUAGAAAUAAAACCCAAUAAAAAUUUGCAGUGAAAGAAUAUUAAAACGUGUUGUGCCAGUCAGGAAGAUUUGCUCUUACUCCGUAUGAUCUUCUAAAAAAUCUGCCUGAAAGUUUAAUAAUAACGUAUGCCUUACAUUAUUUCUCAAAAGUGAAUUGAAAAUAAAAUACUAAAAAAUAUGAAAUACCUACCCCCCCCCCCCCCCUAAGAAAUAAAAACAAACAAACAAACAAAAUAAAAACAAAAAAAGUAAAA